AUGGACUCGAUGCAAUUCACAAACGCUCACUCAGAAGUCGUAUGCACCACCUCGAGCUCGACCACUACCCUGGGCACCAACAAGAACACCACUUUAGGCCACACCUCUACCACGGCAAGCACAUCAUCCUCUAUAAAACAAACUACAGCCGCCGCCUGUGAAGAUGACCCCAAUACGAACUGUGCGAAGCUGAAAGCUCAGUGCUCGGAUCCGCGUUACGAUGACCUGCUGAACAAGCAUUGUCAAAAGACGUGUGGUAGAUGCAGUGUGACAAGUGCGCCAUGCUUUGAUGCUUCUUCCGAGUGCUCUUUAUGGAAUAUCAACGGUUUCUGCAACAAUACCUUCUACACAGAUGAAAUGAAGGAAUAUUACUGCUCAAAGACGUGCCACUUCUGUUGA